GGAUAUGUCCGAGCGCUUCCACAUGACAAAGCUACAGCGCGUCUGGAAACCAGGAACGGAACACGGGCGUUUUGGAAAAAGCGUCGACAAGAACAAUUUCUGCAUCUUUACCUGCCGCCUCGGCUCGCUAACAAACAACUUCAGUGACCGUUUUACUUUUUAUUUUCUGUAACUGCUGAGAGGGGCAGCUGCCCUCUUUCUUUUUCCUUCUCUCCAAGUGAACUUUAUAGGGAUGUUAUAUCUGAGCAUCACCGCGCUGAAUGCCCGCAUAGUGCCGAAGUAAGUGUAGGACGAGUGUGAAGAGUGAAACGACUGGAGAGACUCGGUCCUCUUCUUCUACUACUACUACUUUUUUGCUCGGUUUAAUACACAGGAGGGGGAAAAAACAGAGGGAGAGAGAGUGUGUGUGUGUUUGUGUGUGCGUGUGCAGGAGAGAGAGAGAGAGAGCGAGAGAGGGGAAGAGAGAGAGAGAGAGAGAGAGAGAGAGAGAGAGAGAAGUCGCACCGGUUUUUUGGAGCUACGCUUUCAUGCCGUCAGUCUUGCGGACUCUGAGAUGGACGUCAGAUUUUAUCCAGCUCCCCCUUCAAGCGUGGGUUCAUGUACGUUACCGACUGACUCCGGUUUGGACUAUUACCACUCCAACAAGAGCAGAUACAGUGCUGCAGAUCGAGGUGUGAGGCUCUACAGUUCCCUGCCCAUGCGCCCAAACCCUGACGGCAAGAGACUGCCCUCUACUGGGUUUGAUGGUGACAACAUGUACAUGAAUGAAAACAACCACGAGUUCCUCCCGCCAAACCAGAGCUACACCGGUCAGACUGGCGGUGGCGGGGGAGGAGGUGGAGGUGGUGGAACGGCCAGUGGAAAUGGAGCCGGUGAUGAAGACUACGAGAUCCCCCCCAUCACUCCACCAAACCACCCCGAGCCUCCUCUUCUUCACCUGAUGGAGCACGACUCUACAGGCUACCUCUGCCACUCGCUGCCACACAAUGGGCUCAUCAACCCUUAUUCCUACCCAGAGCUGCCCACACUCAUGAUGUCUAACAUGCUGGCACAGGACAGCCACCUCGUCUCCAGCCAAAUGCCCUCGAUGCAGGAGAUGGCUUUGCAUCACCACCAACAGCAACACCAUCACCAGCACCCAGACGGCACUCAUUAUGACCCCGCCCGUAACCACCCCCUGAUAAACAACUCACCUCCGAUACUUCCCAACCCCAUGAGUGCACUGACCCAGCUAAACCCUCAGGUCAGCCGGAGUGCACUGCCUCAUGGUUCCCCCUCACCUCCCGGAAGUAAAUCAGCCACACCCUCUCCCUCAAGCUCCAAUCAGGAAGAGGAGACUGAUCCUCAUUUGAAGAUGGUCUUCCAGAUCACGGGCGAGAAGCGGCCGUCUUCAGAGAUGAUGAAGCCCAAACCCAAACCCCAAAAAAAGAAGAAAAAGAAGGAUCCCAACGAGCCUACAAAGCCUGUGUCAGCCUAUGCCUUGUUCUUCAGAGACACCCAGGCAGCCAUUAAAGGACAGAAUCCCAACGCCACCUUUGGAGACGUAUCCAAGAUAGUAGCCUCCAUGUGGGAUGGACUGGGAGAGGAGCAGAAACAGAGCUACAAGAGGAAAACAGAGGCUGCUAAGAAGGAGUACCUGAAAGCCCUGGCCGCCUACAGAGCUAGCCUGGUUUCCAAGACAUAUAAUGAUCCGGUGGAGACAAAAAGUGCCCAAACAAGCCAGGCUUCACCACAUAUGAUGCCAGCCAACCCGCCCCUAUACAGUGUGCCACCACCCCCACAGCCGUCGUCACCCUACCUGGGGCCCGGGGCCUUCCCUCUCACCGACCUGCAGAGCUACGCAGGACACGCCCCUCGCCACACACUGUCGCAGACGCUCAGCCAAUCACAGAUGCUGCCCAGCAUUAGUGCCUCUCCCCCUUCCUCCUUCCAGAUCAGCCCACCCCUUCACCCCCACCAGCAGCUCUCCCUGCACCAGAGCUCGCUCCUCAACCAGCCUAUCCGCAUGCAGCAGGUCCAGUCCCAGCCAAUCAUCUCUCACCAGAUGGGGCUGCAGGCCUCUCUUCACUCCCCACCUCCUGGUCAGCAGGGUUUUUCCCACCUCCAGUCAGAGUAUCAGAAGAGCAUUGGGGGUUCCCAGUCUCCAGGAGCUCCUGGCCCUGGUCCAGGCCCUGGAGUGGCUCAGAGCCAUGACUGGGACAGUGAAUACUGCAAUCGGGAGUGUGGCAACCACUGCAGUGGCAGCAUGAUUGGCAGGGACAAGCCACUCUACCUCACCUGAAACUGAAGAUCAUGCUCUGUCAACAAAUACGACACCGAGGAGUCUACUCCCCCCCACCGACCCCACCCCCAUCCCCUGACCCCCCCCCCACCCCCAUCCCCUGAACCUUCUUCUGAUGCACACACCUACACACAGUUCACACUUAACAUACAGUACAAUUACAUACAUACUGACGCAAACACACACACACACACACAAACACAUUUCACCUCCCAGAUACCACCACCACCACCACCACCACCUUUUUUGUCAAUGUAAUAAUUAUUUCUCUAAGUUUCUAGAAGAACUUGUGACCAGAGCUUUUUGAAUAGAUGACUGCUGUCUGUACCACUUAAUGUAUUAGCAGUCCUCUCGCUGUUUAAAAAAUUUGCCAAGCACUUAUGAAGCCCCCCUCUCCCCUCGCUCCCUCCCUCCCUCCUCUCUGAGUUGUGUUUUCUAUGCCCUCUCCAAUACAGGCUGGGCUGUGGAGCACUCAUCUUCUGUGUCCCCAUCGAAGUCCCCUCAGGGACCCCAUCCAGCUUUAAUUAGAAUGAGAAGAAAAAAAUACUCUUCCUCUUCUUUAAUCAUUUUUAAUUUCCUUUUGUGUUCUUUUUUUUCUUUUCUUUCUUUCUGUUGUUGUUGUUGUUGUUGUUGCUGUUUUAUUUAUUUCUGGCUUGCAAAUUUGUUCCUUUUUUUUUGCCAAUAAGCGUUGGGCCCUGUACUGUAGAAAAAUAUUAACUUCUAGUAGGUUCAGCGCAGGCUUAGAUGUUAUGGUAGCUUUGCUUAAGGGCCUGCAAAUUAAUACAAAAAGCUUGGGUCAGGAAGAGAAACAAAACAAAAAAAAGAAUCUUUUUUUAAUAUUAAAGACCUGUCGAGGUCUACUGAGCUGUCACAGUGUGAUUGUAAAUAUCACUUUUAUGGGAUCAAAUUGGGAAUUGGAAGUCCAGAUAGAUUUGUUUCUUCUUUAAUAUUACAUGUAAGUCAUUUUGUGUGUGUGUGUGUGUGUGUGUGUGUGUGUGUGUGUGUGUGUGUGUGUGUGUGUGUGUGUCUGGACGUUAGAAUGUACCCCAUUCAUGACGUGUGCAGUUGAGUGUGUAUGUGUGUAUGCGCACGGACACACACACUUUCGUGCGAGAGUGUUUCAGUGUUCAAGUGUCGAGUCUUUCUCGUGAAUUUUAACAGCCUUGUGCAGCUGGAUUUCAGAGGAGUAUUUCACACUCUCGUUCUUGCAUUAAAUCUGUGCUCACUGGUGUGUUUUUUUCCAAUAAAGUUCAAUCUAAAACUGAAUACACAAUAUGUGUCCUGCAGAUCAUUAAAUGGAAAGAGCCAGGUGAGAGAUAGAGAAGAGCAAAGCGAUAGAAAGAGAGAAAGAAACGCUGUGAGAUAAAAUGAGAUAUAAUGUUGCAGGUGGAAAAAAAGAUGAAAAAAAAGAAAAAAGAUAUUGCCUCAAAAUGCCCCGUCCCCACCCCGUUCCCCCCAUCCCUCCCUUUUCUUAUUUUGUCUGACCAUAAAGUCAAUUUUUGUCUCCUCGACAUGCAGAAGUGCAGUAAUGAAAUAUGUGAAUGGAGCCAUCACAUCCACAUUACAGUGAUUUUUAUAAGUUUCUAGUUGGUGUUUGGUUGUGUUGAUCUCAUCUUUUUAACUUUUUGUGUGAUUAACAGAAAUGCAUUUUGCUGACAAAGACAUCUGUAUUUAUCUCUUUACUGUAGCAUAAUUUCAGUUUUAGUUGUUA